AUGGAACAACAUACAACUAGAUAUUUCGCAAAAUCGAAUUUUUGGAUGUUCUCAAUAAAGUUUAAAGUAAGUUUAUCUUUAAAACCAAAUUGAAGUCCAAAAAUCACUGCAUUUCAGAACAUAAUUACUGUACCUAAACUACAGUACUCACGCUCAUCAACUACAAAUUUCAAUUUUCAAUUUGAAAGGCACGAUGUUCCUGUAGGUUCAUAUUUUUUUUUCAGUUUCAAAUUUCAAAAAAUUAAUUUUUUCAGAACGGAUAUACCCAUAAAAAUGACAAUGGAGGAAGACAAAAUGAAAAUUUAUCUAGUAAGUCGAAAUUUUAAGCUUGUUUCUAUUUUCAAAAUGAAUUUUUUUCAGUUACUGUAUCUAAACUACAGUACUCAUUAAUUAUCCCUCUUCAAAACUCAAAUCGGAAAAAACUAUGUCGUGAAAACCAAACAAUACAAGGUGAGCUGGAAAAUUGAUUUUUUUUUUAAUAUAACUUUUUUCCAGAAGAACGCUCACUUUGGGAUCAACAAAACUCACAACAAAAUUCCACGGAUUUUCAUAUAGACUUCAGCAGGAAUAAAUUUUUUUUUGAAAAUAUUGAUUUUUUUCAAAGUUUUCAGAAUUGUUUUCAAGCCUCCAAAAAUCCCUCAUGUUAA